AUGCCGAGCAACUAUACAUUGGACUCUGAGUCGGAUUCUGAGUCGGAUUCUGAAUCUGAGAGCUCGACGGCAGAGGUGCCUUCGCUAAUUCGACGCCUCAUCCCGGACAUCCCAGUCGUACAUCGUAAUAUCAUCAAAUGUGCCGUGGCGUACUUUCUAGGCUCACUCUUCACAUAUUUCACUCCAUUGUCGCGUUUGUCAGGCAGUAUAACGUCUGAAGGAGACAUGGUUCCGUUUCCAUCUGGACACAUGGCCGCAACUGUUGUCGUAUAUUUCAACCCUGCAAAAACUGUCGGUGCGAUGCUCGAAGCGGACUUAUUUUGUCUUUACGGCUUUGUCUGGGCAGCGUUCAUCGGCAUGUCAAGUAUGUCGAUGUUUUGGGCGAUAGAUGUCCAGCCUGGUUGGGAAUGGGUUGCAGAUGUAACGGCGAUCCUUUGGAUUGCCUUCGGGAUGGGCGCUGUUUCUUGGAUGAAAGUGUGGAUGGCCAAACCGACAUUCAAUACAGCUUGUAGCAUGACCACAAUCAUUCUAUUCAUGGUUGUCGUAAAAGAAGGUGACUUGCAAACUCUGCUACAAACCGCGAAAAUUAUCUUUUUCGGUGCACUCUCAUCAAACAUCGUAUGUUAUACCCUCUGGCCCCAAAAGGCAUCAACCGGACUCCAAAACAACAUUACACGAGCUCUCGAUUCAUUCGGCACGCUCCUCGAUCUCCUCAUGCAGACUUUCCUCAUUUCAGACUCGGAACCAGUUGCCUCGCAAAGUCAUCUACAACGUGCAGUGAGCGACCACCAAGCUAGUUUUACAAGCUUGAAGAAGAGUUUAGCGGAGUCGCGGGGGGAAUGGUUGUUGGGUGGUUCUGAAGCUGCAGAGGCUUAUGAGGAUGCUGUUGGGUGUAUGAAUCGACUCGCGCAGCAUUUGAAUGGGUUGAGGAGUGGGACGCGAUUACAGGCAGAACUUGCUCAGGCCGCGCGUGAUGGGAAGGUUAUACUUGGGAAGCAUACACUUGACGCUCUUCAGAUGAACGGGCUCGAUGGACCUGCUGCUCAGAAACAUGGAGAUAACAAAGACGCGAUUAAUUUACAGGUUGCUGCGCAUAUCUUUGGUGAACUGAUUGAUGAUAUGGGUCCUCCGCUCAAGGCACUCUCUGCAUCUUGUACGAGUACUCUCCACCGUCUUCGCAAAUCCUUCGUCAAACGUCGAGAAGCGCGGGAAGGAGACAUCCAAAAGAUCUUCCAGCUAACGGAGGAUAUCCAACGAGCACUGUUUACCUUCCAGAGCACAUCUAACCAGGCUCUUAUGCGUGUAUACCGACGAAGUGAUCUGAUGGUAUCUGAUUCGGCUGAGCAUGACAACCCAGUGCCAGAAAACGAGCUGCUGUUGCGCUCGGGUGCAGAUGAAACUGUAUUCCUCGUUUAUUUCUUUAUCUUCACUCUACAAGAAUUCGCGAGAGAGUUGACAGCUCUUACAGAAGUCAUGUGUCGGAUUUACGAGAUUGAACGGGUUGCGACGGAACAGCAUUGGGCGAAACGACUUAUGCGGUACUUUUAUUUUGAGAAUAUGAAGGAAGGAGGAGGCCGACAUUGCACCUUCUUCAUGCCCUACUCCCAACGCCGCCAACCAAUCUUCCCAAAAGUCCGGCCUCACGCACCAAACACUGUCCUAACUCCUGGUCGUGAGCAAUUAAGUUUUUGGGAACGCGUGGGCCAGUCGAUAUGGCGAUUCAACGAGAAGAUGAAGGAUGGGAAUGUUAAGUUUGCGAUUAAGGCUGGGAUUGCUACUGCGCUUUUGGGAGCGCCUGCGUUUUUUGAUUCAACGAGACCAGUUUUUAUGAAGUAUAGGGGGGAGUGGGCGUUGAUUUCGUUCUUUAUUGUUAUAUCGCCGACUAUUGGAGCGACGAAUUUCCUCAGCUUGCACCGGUUGCUCGGAACCUUAUAUGGAGCUGUUACCGCCGUUGCGGUAUUCUCGCUCUUCCCAGAAAACCCCGUUGUGCUGUCGAUCUUUGGGUUUUUCUACGCUAUCCCAUGCUUUUAUUAUAUUGUCGCGAAACCGCAAUAUGCGAGUGCGGGACGGUUCACCCUGCUUACUUAUAACCUGACUUGUUUAUAUUGCUAUAAUAUUCGUCAGAGGGACGUUUCCGUUGUAGAUAUUGCGUAUUAUCGGAGUAUUUCGGUUGGCGCUGGGGUGAUCUACGCUGUUGUUGUGUCCCGUUUAUGGUGGCCAGCGGAAGCGCGUAGAGAGCUUAGCAAUGCACUGAGCGCAUUCUGCCUAAACGUCGGAUGGCUAUAUACUCACCUCGUCGCAGCCAAUUCGGGGAUUCUCGUCCGCUUGCACUCUCCGCAUGUGGAUAUUCAUGAUGAAGCGAGGAAUGCCUUGUUGUCCGUACCGGCUAGUGAGAAGCUGAAUAGCUCGAUUCAGACUUUCAUGGCGAUGGAGCUUCACUUGCAAAUCAAGCUGAUCGAGCUGCAAGAUUUACUGAAGAACACGCAGCAUGAGCCGCGGUUAAAGGGACCAUUCCCUAUUGCGAUGUAUCGCUCUAUCUUGACGAGUCUCCAGACGAUCCUGGACAGGCUGCAUAGUAUGCGCUGUGUUACUACGAGAGAGGAGUGGUUUACGUCUGUGAAAGAGGACUUUGUACUACCCGUCAACCGGGAACGACGCGAGAUGGUCGGAAACGUCAUUUUAUACUUCUCCAUUCUCGCAUCUACGUUCAAGCUAAAAACACCACUUCCGCCUUACCUUCCUCCUGCUGAGAAGUCUCGUCAGCGACUGGUGGAAGCAAUACGAAGACUCGAUAUAGUAAAAAACCGCGACGUCAAGGGCUCGCAACAGCUUUUAUUCUUCGCGUAUGCGUUGACGAUGAAGGGUGUGAUCCAAGAAUUAGAUUUCUUGGGGAAGACGCUGCAGGGUGCGUUUGGUGUGAUUGGGCAGACGGUCGAGGAGUUUGAGGCGAUGUUUAGACCUGAUGGACGGUUUGAUAAGUUGGUAUGA